AUGGCAGAAGCUGUCAUCAGCAUUGGUGGAAGCGUCCUUGCCAAUCUGAUUACUCAAGCACUAGAAAAGGUUGGAAAUUUAGGAGCUGUCAAGCGUGAACUUCAGAUGCUCAGGAGCACCGCCACCAUGCUUCAUGCUGUGCUGGAGGAUGCAGAAGAGCAACACCACCAGAGUUCCCAAAUCGAAGAUUGGGUGGAGAAACUAAAAGAGGCUUUCUAUGACUUGCAAGACGUGCUUGAAGAAUUUAAUAUAGAAGUUACACGACGAGAACUGAGGGGCGACAAUCAGAUGAUCAAGGUGGUAAGGACAUUUUUCUCAAGUUUAAACCAACUUGCUUUUGGACUGAAGAUGAGUAGAAAAAUAAGAGAAGUGAGGGAGAGAUUGGUAGCUAUUAAAGCUGAUAAUAAACUCCUCUUGGACAAGCUACCUAUGAAUUCGCAAGCAAAGAGAGGGCGGAGGAACAGAGAGGAGACGCAUUCGUUUAUACGUGAGGAAGACAUUAUUGGAAGAGAUAAUGAUAAAAAGAACGUCAUGAAAUUCUUACUAGAUUUGGAUGUGAAAGAGGAUGUUUCUAUUCUUCCAAUAGUUGGUGUUGGUGGGCUUGGAAAAACAGCUCUCGCUAAAUUUGUAUAUAAUGAUAAGAUGGUCAGUAAACAUUUUGACUUGAAAAUGUGGGUUUGUGUCUCUAAUGACUUCGACAUUAAAAAAAUAGUGAAAGAUAUCAUAGUUUGUGUGGAGGAGAAAGAACCAAACUACAAUCUGAUGGAUAGGUUGCAAAGUAAACUGAGGACAAUAAUUGAUAGAAGGAGAUAUCUCUUAGUUUUGGAUGAUUUGUGGGAUGCAAAUUUAGAAACAUGGUCCAACUUGAAAUCAUUAUUGAUGGGAGGUGCUAUAGGAAGCAAGAUCCUUAUAACUACACGCCUUCCUUUGGUUGCAAAGAUCACCUGCCCUACUCUACCUCUUCUUCUUGAGGACUUAUCUGAAAGUAAUUCUCUUGAUUUGUUAAUGCGAAUGGCUGUUCAAAAAGAAGGGGGCAUACAAGAUCUUGACAUUCGAGCUAUUGGUGAAGAGAUAGUUAGAAAGUGCUUUGGGGUUCCAUUGGUCAUUCGAACUAUUGGGGGUUUACUAUUCCAAAAGGAAACUAAAGAUGAAUGGGAAUAG